CGUGUGCAUGCGAUAAGGACUGCAAGCCGCUCAGAGGGUGAGGGAGGGGAGGGGAGACGGGAGGAGGCUUUGGAGUGGGGACUGGAGGUUGAGCGCUCCACAGAAGGAGAGAGGCGGAGGAGGAGGAGGAGAGGGGAGAGGCUGAAUCACAGGGACAGAGAGCUGGAGUGUGUGUGCUUUCUCAGGAUGAAUGAUGAAAGGACUACAGCUCCACUUUCUUCUUCACUGGAGGAUUUCUGACAGGAUCUUACCUCCACUAAGUCAACGCUUUCAAACUGGAUUGUUUUCCUGUUAUCAACCUCUGCCUGCACACCUGCUCUAUGGUCCAUAAAAGUGGAAAUGCCGCUGCUUGUCUCACUACGCCUGAGGUCUUGCCACAGGGAAGACUUCCGCCUGUCAUCUUCACUCAAGUAUAGUUUCCCGGUUCAGGACAUGGUUUCCUGAGCAACUAUACCUGCACAUCUCAAGGGGUAAAACCAGUCUAUCCUGGGCCAUGACUGCUCUGCUUUCCAACGCCAGUGUUCCCGGGAGUACAGCGGUUCUGCUGCCGACUACAGACGGGCCGUUUAACCUGACUGCAGCCGCUCAGGCAGGACUCAGUCCAGGCCAGUCCCUGGCCCCUCUCUGCACCCUCUGUUGCUGUGGAUUCAUCAAUCGUACUUUGGCAGUGGUGUUCAUGGUCUGUCUGGCAUUUGCCAUCGUGGUUGGAAAUGUGGUCACCCUGACUGUCUUUGUGCAAACAAGGCAGUCCCGAACACCACAGGGAUACCUGAAAGUGUCUCUGGCCAUAGCAGACAUGAUGGUCGGUGUCCUCGUGGUUCCUUUCUCCGUCUACACUGAGAUCUCUCUUAUGGUGACCAGCACGCCUCCCAUUUGGUACCAGAGUAGUUCUACGUCCCCGGCCACCUCGUCUUCUCUCGGGGGACUGGUGAGCCCUUGGCAACCCUGCAUGCUGAUUGGCCCCGUGUUUGCCGGAUGCACCUUUGUCUCCAUCAGCACCAUCUUCCUCAUGACGCUGGAGCGAAGCGUGGCCAUCCUACGGCCGCUCCACAAGGACGCCUUGGUGACCCGCAGACGGACUCUGCUCCUCAUCCUGCUCUCCUGGGCCGCCAGCUUCCUGCUGGCUCUUGCGCCCCUCAUCUUCAGCAGGAACUUCACUUUGGAGUACAAUGAGUGCAGUCGUAUGUGCAACUACAGCCCGCUGUUGAUCGGAAACCAGCUGCCACCAGAUGCCAACAUUCUGCUGUUAUUCCCAGCAUUUGACUUCACACUGCUUGGUGGCACAUUAGCAGUUAACAUUGUGUCGUUCAGUAGCAUCCGACGGUACACCCGAAAACGCAAACUGCUCUCAGAGGGGAGUCUGAGUGACGGAGGGGGAGGAGCCGGGGGAGGGGGCGGUUGCCCUCACAGGCCCUCCUUUUCAGACAUCAAAGCUGCCAAGACUAUCGGCAUACUGACAUUCGCCUUCACAGCGUCCUUCACUCCCAUCGCAGUGUUUGUGCUCGGCAACGUGGUGGGAUACACCUGGUGUAACUUUUCCUUUUUUGCCUUCUGGAUCCUGACAGGAAACAGUUGCUGUAAUGUCAUUAUCUACAGUGUCAGGGACCACCGCUUCAGGAAGGGUAUGACCCUGCUCUUUCAGCGGGACCACUCCCACUCACAUGGAGAGAAGGCCUGAGAGAUUUGUGAAUUUAUGAGCAACAAGUGUAUGUUUUGUGGCUCCUUUCCAUUGAUUUUGGUUUUAAAGGCUUGACAUUUUACAAAAUAUGACCACUAAAAUGUACCGGCCGCCAGGAGCUGGUUAGCUCAGCCUUGCUCUGACCAAAGGUAACAAAAUCCACCAACACCUUUAAAUCUCACUUUUAAAACACUUUAUAUAUCUUCUUAUAUCUAGGAAAAACAUUGACUGAUCUCCUAAAAAUUCAUUACCAUGCUCAAAUCCAUUCCCAAUUACAUUAAAAGGAAAACAUAUUUUGAGUGAGUGGAUGUCCUUGUUUGCAGGGUUGGGGUGGAUGGAUGAGUUAAACAACCCAGUACUUUUACCCUGGAGACACCUGUGUAAACCAGAAGUGAACACUGAAUUGAGUUUUUCCAACUCUGGGAGACAGGGUUGGAAUAACAAGUUGUGGUUUUAUUAGAAGCUAUGUGUGGACUUUUUCUUGGCUGUAAAACCACAUUUUUUAAUUUUAACUGUCUAACACAUAGAUUAAACAAAUAAGAUGUACUGUGCAGAUGAGUGAGUUUUAUCAGUGCUGGUAGGCAUAUUUUGUUACCUUUUGGCUAAGCCAGGCAACACUUUCCUAGCUUGAGCUCCACAUUUAUGAUACAUCUGUAAGUGGCAUCAAUCUUCUCAUCUAACUCGUUGCAGGAAAUGUCCUGAACUGUCAAACUGCUCUUUUAAUUCAAAUUAAGAUUGCAGUUAUUUCCUACUAAAAACUGUAAAUGGAAGCCAAAUUUAAAAUCCACGUUUGGAUUUGUGGCCUUCCUCUAUCGUUAAACCUCUUCAGGAACCUCCAGGAGCAGCACUGACAUCCACACAGUUCAUCAUUUUUUAAAUGUCAGUGGUUUGUUUCUCAUCUGACAAGGGGUGUUGUUUGUGUGUUUAGAUAAUCUUGCCACUGACUCCUCUUUGGAAUAGUGUGGAUUACAAAUGUUUCAGUUACGGGGAAAGGUUAUUGUGUAACAUAUAUUUAUUUAUGAGCAUCUAAUUUCAAUCUAUAGUGAUAAUAAUCUGCCUCAAGUACCAGAAAUGCACUUUAUCAGUUACUUUGUGAGCCAUUUACAUUGUGCCAUGUGUCAGACAAUGUUACUUUUGUACAUGUUUUAUUUGUAGCGUUUUAUAAUACUGGUUGUUUUUGCCGAAGCAAAUGUGAAUGAAAGAAUGAUCUGUAUAUUUAUUAAAUCAGUAUAGACUAAAUGAAUGGGAUGCCAAUCACAGAGAUUUAGUAUAAAGAACAUUAUGAUUAUUGCAGACCCUCAGACUGUGCUAUCUUUUCAGGGUAUAAUGUAUCAGUAACAGGAAAUGAUCUCACCAGUGUGUCAGCUGUAAGUCGUGUGUAUUGUUUGAAAAUUUUGUAUUGUACAAUUUGACAAUAUAAGAGCAUAUUUAAAUGAGGUUGAAGAACACUUUGCAGUAUAUAAUGACCAUAUUUUCAUUCAUGAAAAAGGUUGCAUUGUUGCAUGUAAUUCUGUCAUAAGUGACUAAGGCCUCUGAUACAGAAACAGCUCAGCAACAGAAUCCACAAAAUAAGAAAAAAAAACUAAAAAUCACAAUAAAGUUUUUCUUGCAAUGGAUUGCUCUAAAGUGUUUACAGUAAAUCUACAAACAUACUUUCAAUAGUUGAAACAAAAUGAUAGUAAAAGACAAAAGGUUUUUGUCCCAUUUACCCUGAAGUGCCCAUUAAUGGAUUUUUUGGAAAAUAUGCUUAUUUGCUCUCUUGUGGAGUUACAUGAGAAGAUCUACAGCACUCCCACAUCCAUCCAUAUGAAGUUAAAUCCAGGUGACAAUUAGCUUUGGCUUAUCAUAAAGACUGGUGCUUCAUCACAAUGCAGUACCAACAUAGUACACUUCCAUGUAGUACACUGUGUGCACGAUGUACAGGUGCAUCUCAAAAAAUUAGAAUAUCAUAGAAAAGUUUAUUUAUGUCAGUAAUUAAAUUCGAAGAGUGUACAUAACACAUCAUACGGAUCCAUUACACAUAGAAUGAAACAUUUAAUGUCUUCAUUUAUUUAAUUUCUUCUAAUUAUAAUGAUUAUGGCUUACAUUUAACGAAGACCGAAAAUACAGUGUCUCAAAAAAUGUUAUAUGACAAAAGACCAAUUUUAAAAAGGAUGUUUAAUAUGGAAAUGUUGGACUCUGAGAAGUAUGUCCAUCUAUAUGCACUUAAUACUUGGUUGGGGCUGUUUGACUUGAACUACUGGAAAUGGACUUUUCCAUCAUAAUCUAAUAUAUUGAGAUGCACCUGUACAUACUUAGUGGGUGACUUUGGUUGGUGUUGUCUCAAAUAGGCCAUGAUGCACACACAGGAAGCUCAGUAGAUCAGCCAGUAACAGCCAGCCACAUUCAUUUCAUCAGGACUGAUACAUUUAUUAUAUGACUAUAGUAUAGAGCAAGGAUGGGCAACUGGAGGCCCGGGGCCCGCAUACGGCCCGCACCCUCACUUGAAGUGGCCCUCAGUACAACUACAUGCAUUUGAGCAUGAAAUCUUAAAA